AUGUCUUUUUCUUUCUUUCUUUCUUUCUUUCUUUCUUUCUUUCUUUCUUUUCUUUCUUUCUUUCUUUCUAUCAUUUCUUUCUUUCUUUCUUUCUUUCUUUCUUUCCAUUCAUUCAUUCAUUCAUUCUUUUUUCUUUCUUUAUUUAUUCAUUUUUCCGAUUUCAGUCAUUUCUUUCUUUCUUUCUUUCUUUCUUUCUUUCUAGUCAUCCUUUAUUUAUUUAUUUACAAAUUUUUUCCAGCUGUUUUUCUCAUUUCAUUCUUUCUUUCUUUCUUUCUUUCUUUCUUUCUUUCUUUCUUUUUUCUUUCUUUAUUUAAUUUUCCGAUUCUGUUCUUUUUUCUUUCUUUCUUUCUUUGCUUAAUUAAUAAUAUAUUCGUUUUACUUUUUUGUGUACCAUUACUUCUUUUCUUCCCUUUCUUUCUUUCUUUCUUUCUUUCUUUCUUUCUUUCUUUCUUUCUUUCCUUCUUUCUUUCUUUCCUUCUUUCUUUCUUUACCUGA